AUGUUACUUCACAGUUUCGCCGUCCUCUUCUUCCUGUGUCUUGUUCAGCUUGCGCUGUGCGCCGAAGACUAUUACAAGAUUCUUGGCGUCGAUAAGCAAGCUACGGAAAAGCAACUCAAGUCUGCGUAUCGCCAGCUCUCCAAAAAGUUUCAUCCUGACAAGAACCCGGGGGAUGAGACGGCCCAUGAAAAAUUUGUUCAAGUAUCCGAGGCGUACGAUGUUCUAAGUGACAGCGAGACUCGCCAAAUCUACGAUCGGUACGGCCACGAUGGCGUGAAACAGCACAAGAACGGCGGAGGAGGUGGUGGUCACGACCCCUUUGACCUAUUCAGCCGCUUCUUUGGCGGUCAUGGUCACUUCGGACGAUCCUCCCGGGAGCCUCGCGGCCACAAUGUCGAGGUCAAAGUUGGCAUUUCUCUCCGGGACUUCUACAACGGCGCCACGAGCGAGUUUCAAUGGAACCGACAACAUAUCUGCGAGGCCUGCGAAGGUUCUGGAAGCGCCGACGGUCAGGUCGAGACUUGCUCAACCUGUGGCGGGCAUGGUGUCCGCAUCGUCAAACAACAGCUCGCACCCGGAAUGUUUCAACAGAUGCAGAUGCGAUGUGAUGCCUGUGGUGGCCGCGGCAAGAGCAUCAAACACAAGUGUCCCGUUUGUAACGGGCAGAGAGUCGAGCGAAAACCAACAACAGUCAGCCUUAAGGUCGAACGAGGAGCGGCUCGCGAUUCCAAGAUUGUGUACGAAAAUGAAGCUGACGAGAGCCCCGACUGGGUUGCUGGCGACCUCAUUGUCACUCUAACCGAAAAGGAACCAGCACCGGAGGACAACCCAGACCACGUGGAUGGGGUCUAUUUCCGACGCAAAGGAGACGACUUGUAUUGGACAGAAAUUCUGUCACUCCGCGAGGCGUGGAUGGGUGACUGGACCCGUAACCUUACUCAUCUCGACUCGCAUGUUGUGCGUCUCGGCCGGAAACGUGGCCAAGUUGUGCAGAGCGGCCAAGUUGAGACUAUUGCCGGUGAAGGCAUGCCCAAAUGGCAUGAAGAGGGCGAGAGCGUAUAUCACAAACACGAAUUCGGCAAUCUCUACAUUACAUACGAGGUUGUCCUCCCCGACCAAAUGGACAAAAAGAUGGAAAAGGAAUUCUGGGACCUAUGGGAAAAGUGGAGGGGAAAGAAGGGCGUCGAUUUGCACAAGGACAGUGGGCGACCGGAAUCAGCACCAGUUCGAGAUGAAUUAUGA